CCCAACAACAGCUCAGACAUGUGCUAUUUCUUUGCUCUCAUCAGCACUGUUUUUUCUCCAUCAGUUUAACUAUGGUGCGUAUGAGUCUACACUUAGAGGUACAACAAAUUUCCCAUUUUUGUAUCGAAUGUCACCAAGAGAAACUCUUCAACCCAUUGGAAUUACUCAGCUACUUUUCCAUUUCAGAUGGACAUGGGUUGGGCUCAUUGUUUCAAAUGAUGAUGAUGGAGAAAGCUUUGGUCAGAUCCUGACAUCUCUGCUUCUGCAGUAUGGCAUUUGUGUUGCCCACCAGUAUAAAGUAGGAGAAUCAAAAUAUGUGUGGCAUGAAACUUAUCGCAACUAUAUGUCAAAGUUAUAUACAGAACUUUUCUUAAGUGAGAUAAAUGUGGUAAUAGUCAGUGGAGACUAUAAUUCGAUGAGUGGAUUACAAAACCUCAUGGGACAAAAUUGGGAGAUCAAUCCUGGGAAAGUUUGGAUCAUAACUGCUCGGUGGGAUUUCAAACAGCAUAUUGGUUUAUUUGUAACACCUCCGGAAACGUACAGUGGUGCUUUUUCUUUUUCAGUCCACAAAAAGCCUGUGCCAGGUUUCCAUGAGUUUCUUGGGAGCUUUAUGUCUGAUAAGCCAGUGAUUCGCUUUUUCAUGUAUUUCUGGUCAACUGCUUUCAUUUGUUAUUUUUAUGAAGACAGCUUUUCACGCUAUUCACAAAGUAAUAUGUGCACAGGCAAAGAGAAACUGGAAUAUCUGUCUGAGUAUACAUUUGAUAUGGAUAUGACUGGUGAGACCUAUGGUAUCUACAAUGCUGUCUAUGCUGUAGCCCAUGCUUUACAUGCCAUCUAUGAGUCAAGACCAAGAAGAGACAGAAUUGAACAGCUGAAUAGUCCAUCAUGGCAGCUGAAUUCCAUACUGAAAAACAUCCAUUUUAACAAUGGUGCAGGGCAUGAAGUAUUGAUUGAAUAUGGAGAAGUUUCGGCUGGCUAUGAUAUCAUCAACUGGAUCGUUUACCCCAAUUUCUCUGUCAUUAAACCCAAGUUUGCAAGUUUUCCCCCAAACCAUGAGUUCACCCUCACUGGGAUAGAUGUUGUGUGGAACGACAGACUUAAACAGUUACCACCAAGUUCUAGGUGUGUAGAGCGCUGUCACCAUGGACAGCAAAGGAUGGUUCAAGAAGGCAAACCAAGUUGUUGUUAUGGCUGUAAUCCAUGCCCAGAAGACAUGUUUUCUAAUGAGACAGUUUCUUGUGUGUUGGCAAAAACCAUCAUGGUGGUCCUGGCCUUCCUGGCCACAAAGCCAGGCAACAGCAUGAGGAAAUGGCUAGGGCAGAAAGUAGCCACCUCCAUUGUUCUUUUCUGCUCGCUCAUUCAAGUGGGUAUUUGCAUUGUGUGGCUGUUAACUUCUCCUCCCUUCCCCAAAGCUGACAUGCACUCACAGGCUGGACAUAUUAUAUUGGAAUGUAAUGAAGGUUCCAUCACCAUGUUCUACUGUGUCUUGGGCUACUUGGGCUUUUUGGCCAUGAUCAGCUUCACAGUAGCCUUCCUGGCCAGGAAACUGCCAGAUACAUUCAAUGAAGCCAAGUUCAUCACUUUCAGCAUGCUGGUGUUUUGCAGUGUUUGGAUCUCCUUCAUUCCGGGUUACCUGAGCACCAAGAGGAAAUACAUAGUGGCUGUGGAAGUUUUUGCCAUCUUGGCCUCCAACACUGGCCUCUUGCUUUGCAUAUUUCUUCCAAAAUGCUACAUCAUUGUUCUAAGAUCUGAUCUGAACACAAGAAAGGUCCUAAUUGGAAAAAAGAGUUAUUAAUCCUAAGUGUAACCUCUUAUUAGUUGACUUUCUGUUCAUUGCAGGACUGAUAUCAUAUCACACAAAAAAUCAGAGAUUGGCUACUGUAUGAGACAAAAGUCAAAUUUCAAUGUUGUCGGAGACAAACCUUAUUUCCAUUGGGCGGAUUGCCAUCAUUUUCAUUGGGAUGAUCAUAAUAUAUUUUCAAACAUCUCCUUGGA